CUACUUGUGAGUCCGUCACCUGUCGCUGUACAAAUCAACCAAAGAGCAACGAAAUAUACAGACACCUGUCUGCCUGCCUGCCUGCCUCUGCUGCCUAUUUGCCGUCCAUCCAUCUAUCCAUCAGCUAUGUACACUCACUAAGCCACUUGCUCAGCCAGCCGCCAUACACCACUGACUGACUGACAUCAUCAGCUUGAAAGGAUGCAAUCACUAGCUCACUCACACCCUGCCCGCCAACACCCCGUGUGCGCGCAGCGGCAAUUCGCUUUCGGUCAGGAAUGGCACGACUGUGUUGGCGACACACAUGACCUGAAGAAGGGAAAAAGGGCAGAAACGCGUGUGUGAAUCUGGGGUCUCUCUCUCCCCCUCUGUGUGCGUGUGUGUGUACGUGGUUCUUAAAAUCCAGAGAACACUCGUGUUUCAGCAGCAUGUCCAGCCCGAAGAUCAAGUCGAUCUCCGCGUCACGCAUCACCGUGAACGAGCAGAGCUGAACGCACACACACCCACAUCCACAUAUGGCAUAUGUAAAAGGGAGAGAGAGGAGGGGAAUCAGCAACGCCCACUAAUAUGGAUGCGACGCUCACCAGUGUGAUGCCGCCCACUUCUAGUUCGGCGAGGUGGAUCCUCCCGACGAUGGGAGCUGAACCGACACCAAUAGCCACACCUGUCGGGACAGCCACACACACACACACGGCAGGUCGUUGCUUUGUCUCUGCAUCUGGUGCCUCAUGCGAAAGUCACCCUGAAACCUCCGGUCGAUCAGCUCGUCCAGGCCAGCCUUCCGGGCCGCCCUCUCGCUCAGGAUGGUCAUCUGCGCACCUGGGGAGCAGCACAGAGAGCGCAUACAGCAAGCUUCAAUGUGUCUUGUGUCUUUGUUGGGCCCAUCUCUUCCCCCCGGCACCUGUGUCGACGAAGGCGCUCAUUUCAGCACCGUUGACCUUGACGUUUAUGUAAAGCAUGACCACCCGCGCAAAUGCCUCAGGCGUCAGCUCCAUCGCCAUCUGCAACCAACCACCACUCAAACACAGUCACGAACGAAGAGUGAAUGUGGCAUUCCCACUUCAUGGAUUUUGUGGCCUUGCCUCGUAAUUGCGGUCGAUGUUUCGGAGUUGUGUCAUCUCCCGCAGUCGCCUCUGGACCUCGGCCUGCGUCGACGGCGCAUAUAUGUGUGGACCGCCGCUCGACCUGGAGGAGGGUGAGCCGCCCUGUGCGGCCAGGGCAGCCGCUUCUGGACUGAUGCCUGCCACACAGGACAGCACACGAGGACAACGACAUCAUGGGGCCGACAUCGAUCAGAUCGGUCACCGCCCUUCCCUGCCUUCCCCCUCUCUCAUCAUCCACCACUCACCCGUUUCUGCGGCCACUUGCUGCAUGAGUUCUUCAGGCGACACGCCGGCUUUGAGGAAGUCACGGAGGUUCUCCUGCCAUGAGUCGCGCCGCGUGAAGCCUCUCGUACGCGACGAUGAGGUUGAGCCCUGCCGCUGCAUGCUGCUGCUGGCGGCUGGUGCUGCAGGAGCAUUGGCGUCGCGGCACACCUCCAAGAGACAGUUGUCAGCCACCGAGGUCUCGUGAAUGUGCUUCGAUGGGUCGAGAACCUCCUUUGCCAACCUCAGCUUGAAGAGGUCCGGCUGGAUGGAGAACUCUGAUGAUAAGAUACAGUCAGGAGAAGGACGGCUCGGUUGCCCCUAUGUUCCCUUGAGCGUGUGUUUGCGUAGUACCUGCUGCAGCUAAGAUGAACAGAUCAUCCACCUUGUCUGAUGGCUCCACAAAAGCCUCCAUGACCUGCCCGCUGUGCUCGUCAUAGAUGUUGACGCGCAUCUUGGGGCAAACACGGAUCUCGC